CCGCAACUACCCACCACUACGCCACACUACAUUCUCGCCUCUCGCUCCGGCGGCCGGCGGGGAAGGCAAGGCGGCGCCCCCCACCCCCGGGGUAACCUCGCGUCGGCGUCCCUCAGCCAGACUGCCUUAGUUAGGUAGGGCGGAGAUGAGCUCCGAGGCGGCGCCCGGGAGCGGGAAGGUGGUGUGCGUCACCGGGGCGUCCGGGUACAUCGCGUCAUGGCUCGUCAAGCUGCUCCUCGCCCGCGGCUACACGGUCCGCGCCACCGUGCGGGACGCAUCUGACCCAAAGAAAACCCUGCACCUGCGUGCCCUGGAUGGGGCCAAAGAUAGACUCCAAUUGCUCGAAGCAAAUUUGUUGGAAGAGGGCUCUUUCGAUGCUGCAGUUAAUGGCUGUGAUUGUGUUUUCCACACGGCUUCUCCCUUUUAUCACAAUGUUAAAGAUCCUAAGGCUGAGUUACUUGAUCCUGCAGUCAAGGGAACCCUUAAUGUUCUGGUCUCCUGCAAGAAAGCUUCUAUUAGAAGAGUGGUUGUAACAUCAUCCAUGGCUGCUGUUGCCUACAACGGGAAACCAAGGACUCCUGAUGUAGUUGUUGAUGAGACAUGGUUUUCACUUCCAGAUCUUUGUGAAAAGCAUCAGCAAUGGUAUGUUCUGUCAAAGACCCUAGCAGAGGAGGCUUCUUGGAAGUUCUCAAAAGAUAAUGGAAUUGAAAUAGUUACUAUAAACCCAGCAAUGGUCAUCGGUCCUCUGCUGCAGCCUUCACUGAAUACUAGUGCCGAAGCAAUUCUGAAGCUAAUCAACGGAUCAUCGACAUAUCCUAAUUUCAGCUUUGGUUGGAUAAAUGUUAAGGAUGUCGCCCUUGCACAUAUCCUUGCAUAUGAAGUUCCUUCAGCAAAUGGAAGAUACUGCAUGGUUGAAAGAGUUGCUCACAACUCCGAGCUUGUUAAAAUCAUACGCGAGAUGUAUCCCAACAUUCCUCUGCCAGACAAGUGUGCAGAUGACAAGCCAUUAGUUCCAAUCUACCAGGUAUCAAAGGAGAAGAUAACAAGCUUGGGCAUGGAACUGACUCCGUUGGCAAUAAGCAUCAAGGAGACCAUCGAGAGCUUGAAAGAGAAAGGAUUUGUUACUUUUGAUUCAAGCAACCUGUGAAACAACAGAGCCCCAUGUGAGAACUUGAUUGUCAUAACGAGUAGCAUCCCGGGAACUUUGCACGUAAUUAUUACAAUUGUAGUCUGUACUGCGACUUGAAAUAAAGUGGAGGCAAAUUGCAAUGCCUUGAUUA